UGUAACCCAUCACAGCACUAUAUCCAGCUGAACUGUGGAGGUGAACGAUAACAGCAACCGGAACAUCCUCCAUCUACUUGCAGUCAUCUGUCACUGUGCCAAACCGCUGAUGUACUAGAGGGGACAGGAAAAUGGGCUCUUUGCGUCACAUCCUCGGAGGACUGCUCUUGUGCCUCUCUGUCUCAGCAGCAGAAGACAAUGCUACCUCAUGUGUCACUAGGAGAUGUUGGGCAUCUCAGCUGAUAGCAAAGAACAUCGUCAGUCAGCCACAGUCACCCUCCUGUAACACUGAAGUCACUGUAGCAAAUCUCCGUUAUGAGACCAUAGCAGUGGACACCAAAAAGAUGCAUGUCUCCAGUCGAUUGACUAUGAAAUUGAGAUGGCAUGACCCUGAUCUUUCGUGGAAUGAGACCGUCUACAACUUCUCUAUUGUGGUUCUUCCAGCCAGUAAGGUUUGGACCCCGGUCCUCAGCGUGGACAAUGCAGUGACUGUGAAUACCACGCCUGUCAGCGGUGACGUGGUGGUGGAUAGCGACGGAUUUGUUGAAUAUAGUAUCAACAUGUACACGACGGUGAAAUGCAGCAUCAAUAUCUUCACCUACCCCAUCGUCACUGACUACUGCCCAGUGCCCCUAAAUGGCUGGACAAAUAAGGAGGGUUGUGGUCUGUAUCUGCUGAUGGACGAAAACAGUUUGACCUGGAGCGGUGGAAAUGCUGCAGAAUGGAUUACUAAAUCAGUGGAUCUUAGUGGUUCCGGCUUCCGCACCUAUCUCUAUGUAGAGCUGACGGUCAGUCCGUUCAACCCUGUGGUGGGCCUGCUCAUGCCCAGUGUGCUCAUCCUGGUGGCCGACAUCAUGAGCUGCAUGCUGCCACUGAGCGGGGAGCGCAACGGCUUCAAAGUCACGCUGGUCCUCAGCUUCACCAUGUUCCUCGUCCUGCUGACGGAACAGCUCCCUGACUCCGGCAGCUGCAGCCCCUUGAUUAGGUACCAUUUCCUCAUCUCCCUCCUCCUGCUGGUGUUGAGCAUGCUGUCCUCACUGCUCCUCACUCGCAUGUCAGCAGGCUACGUCUUCCUACUGUGCGGAUGUAGAAAGGCUACUGAGAACAAGCAGGAGAAGGGUAAUGAAGAGGUCAGUCGUGAGGGGGCACUGGACACGGUGUCCGAGGUGGAGGGCACUUUUCACCAGAGGGUGUUGAGUUUCCUGGAGACCAAACAGCAAAAGAAGCACACGGAGAAUAAGACUAAGGCAUUUGCUGAGAAAUGUGACCAGGCCUUCCUCGUGCUGUACGUUUGUAUCUGUAUUUGCUAUACGAUCGCCAUGCUGGUCACUAUUCAACAAGAUAUCUGCAAGGAGAACAACCUUGAUUUCUGGACUGAUUUUGACUGAUCCAUAGUAUUUUCUUUUUCUUCUCUUUUUCAAUGCACUGCACUUGCUUUCCAGACAUGUAUCGAGGACAGAAUACCUGACAAAAUGACCUUGAGACAGCUUUGAAAUAGAGAUAUAUUUAUUUAGCAGAUUUCAUCAAAGAACAUGCAAAGCACUGCAAAGGAAAAGUUACUGAACGCCAGUGAACACCAUGUAGUUCGAUAGCAGAUCCCUAGUCAGAUUAGGUUGUCAAAGAACCUCUCUAUCAUCUCAUCCAGUUCCUCAGGGCUGUACUUGUUAUACUUCUGUGGGUGUCUGGUGAAGUUAACCUGCUCAUACCUGCAUAAAGAUGGGACAAUCUGUAAACCAUUUGUUAGCCAUUUUCUUCUGAUUCUCAUCUUCACUUUUUUUUUU